AAAACCAGUAGAGUACAGUGGUGCAGGGUCUCAGGCUAGUCAUGGCGUCCCCGUCCUGGAGACUACAUACUAAACCAGUCAUUACUUGUUUCCAGAGGGUCCUCGUGAUCUACACUCUCAUCUUCUGGAUUGCUGGCGUUGUCCUCCUUGCCGCUGGCAUUUGGGGCAAGGCUAGCCUGGAGAAUUAUUUUUCCCUUUUAAAUGAGAAGGCCACCAAUGUCCCUUUUUUGCUGAUUGGCCCUGGCACUGUUGUUAUUCUUUUGGGCACCUUUGGUUGUUUUGCUACCUGCCGGGCUUCUGCAUGGAUGCUAAAACUGUAUGCAAUGUUUCCGACUCUCAUUUUUUUGGUCCAAGUGGUCUCUGCCAUGUUAGGAUUUGUUUUCAGACAUGAGAUUAAGAACACCUUUAAGAAUAAUUAUGAGAAUGCUUUGAAGCAUUAUAACUCUAUGGGAGAUUAUAGAAGCAAUGCAGUAGACAAGAUCCAAAAUACGUUCCAUUGUUGUAGUAUCACCGAUUAUAAAGAUUGGACGGAUACUGAUUAUUAUUCAGAAAAAGAAUUUCCCAAGAAUUGCUGUAAACUUCAAGAUUGUUCUCCACAGAGAGAUGCAGAUCAAGUAAACAAUGAAGGUUGUAUUAAAAAGGUGCUGACCAUUUUAGAGUCAAAAAUAGGAAUUGUUGCCAGAAUUUCCUUUGGAAUUGCUUGCUGCCAGCUGUUUGGAAUCUAUCAACCCUACUGCCUCUCUUGUGCCAUAACUAAUAACCAGUAUGAGAUAGCGUAACCAGCGGAUCUGCGGGCUUACUCCUCUCCAAUUUUAAGGACACUCAGGUUCCCCCCUGUGAACUCUACAAGAUUGCCUGGAUGGAAGACUGACGACACUACUUACCAAUAGAC